AUGCCUACCAAGGUUGGAAUCAACGGCUUCGGUCGUAUUGGACGUAUCGUCUUCCGAAAUGCCGUUGAGCACGACGAUGUCGAGGUUGUUGCUGUCAAUGAUCCCUUCAUUGAGACCCAUUACGCUGCAUACAUGCUCAAAUAUGACAGCCAGCACGGUCUGUUCAAGGGCACAAUCGAGGUCAGCGGUGAUGACUUGAUCGUCAAUGGCAAGACCGUCAAAUUCUACACCAAGAGAGACCCCUCAGAGAUCCCAUGGGCCGACACUGGUGCCUACUACGUUGUUGAGUCGACCGGUGUUUUCACUACCACUGACAAGGCCUCUGCUCACUUGAAGGGUGGUGCUAAGAAGGUUGUCAUCUCUGCCCCAUCUGCUGAUGCUCCUAUGUUCGUCAUGGGUGUCAACGAGGAGACCUACAAAUCCGACAUUCCCGUCAUCUCCAACGCCUCAUGCACAACCAACUGCUUGGCCCCCCUUGCAAAGGUCAUUCACGAUAACUUUGGCAUCAAGGAAGGCUUGAUGACCACUGUUCACUCAUACACCGCCACCCAGAAGGUUGUGGAUGGACCUUCAGCCAAGGAUUGGCGUGGUGGCCGCACUGCUGCUCAGAACAUUAUUCCCAGCAGCACCGGUGCAGCCAAGGCUGUCGGCAAGGUCAUUCCAUCCCUGAAUGGCAAACUCACCGGCAUGUCUCUGCGCGUUCCCACCUCCAACGUCUCCGUCGUCGAUUUGACCGUCAGCCUUGAGAAGCCAACCAGCUACGAUGAGAUCAAGAAGGUCAUCAAGGAGGCUUCCGAGGGCAAGCUGAAGGGCAUCCUCGCAUACUCCGAAGACGAUCUCGUUUCCACCGAUUUGAACGGCAACAACAACUCUUCCAUCUUUGAUGCAAAGGCCGGAAUUGCGCUCAACGACCACUUCGUCAAGCUUGUUUCAUGGUACGACAACGAGUGGGGAUAUUCCCGACGUGUUCUGGAUCUCCUGUCCUACAUCUCAAAGGUUGACGGCAACGCCUAA